CGGGGCCCGGGAGCGGCCAUGGCGACCGCGGGAGCGGCGGGAGCGGCUGCGGACGGCCGGGAGCCUCUGCUCGGGGCCGGAGAGGCGGAAGGGAAUGAGGAGGAGGAGGAGGAGCGGGAGAGCAGGGAUGUUGUGGAAACUCAAGAGCAUUAUAAGAGCAGGUGGCGAUCCAUCUGGAUUAUGUACCUUACAAUGUUUCUCAGUAGUGUAGGUUUCUCAAUUGUAAUUAUGUCUGUGUGGCCGUAUCUCCAAAAGAUCGACGCGACGGCAGACGCGAGUUUUUUGGGCUGGAUCAUAGCUUCCUACAGCAUUGGCCAAAUGGUUGCCUCUCCCCUCUUUGGCUUGUGGUCCAAUUACAGGCCCAGGAGAGAACCUCUUGUCGUUUCGACCGCUAUUUCAGUAGCUGCUAAUUGUCUCUAUGCCUAUGUCCACGUGCCCCAUUCACACAACAAGUACUACAUGCUGACUGCACGUGCUCUCGUGGGGUUUGGAGCAGGAAAUGUGGCUGUAGUCCGGUCGUAUAUUGCAGGUGCCACCUCUCUUACAGAAAGAACAAGUGCCAUGGCCAACACCAGUGCCUGCCAAGCAGUUGGCUUCAUAUUAGGGCCAGUUUUUCAGACGUGUUUUACGCUUAUUGGAGAGGAAGGAGUAACAUGGCAAUUAAUUCGUCUUCAGCUGAACAUGUACACAGCACCAGUUUUAUUUGGAGCUCUCUUAGGAGUUAUUAAUAUUAUUCUCAUCUUUCUUAUAUUCAGGGAGCAUCGAGUGGAUGACAUGGGACGGCAGUGCAAAAGUAUUAAUUCUGAAGGAGAAGAAAAUGAUGCCCUGGAUCAGGACACAGAAGGAAAUGUUGACCAUGUUGCUGUGGUAGCACUCAAUGUUCUCUUCUUUGUCAUCUUGUUUGUAUUUGCAGUCUUUGAAACCAUAGCCACUCCAUUGACAAUGGAUAUGUACUCCUGGACCAGGAAAGAAGCUGUUUUUUAUAAUGGAAUAAUCCUUAGUGUGAUUGGCAUUGAAUCAGUUAUUGUUUUCAUGGUGGUUAAAACGCUAUCAAAAAAGACUGGUGAGCGUGCCAUCCUCCAUGGAGGCUUACUGGUUGUCUUGGUUGGAUUCUUUAUCUUACUGCCCUGGGGGAAGAAACUACCAAAUAUCCAGUGGCAAGAAAUAAAGAAUAACUCCAUUCCCAGAACGGUUCCCACUGAAAUGUUAAUGCCUUUCUGGAGCUGGCAGGAGAUGCAGCCGCCAUCCAACCACACAUCAGAACCCGUGGGCUGCCCCAUCAGCCAGUCCUGGUGCCUCAACACUCCCAUGGUCUACCUGGCCCAGUACCUCAGUUCUGAUGUGCUCAUAGGGCUGGGCUACCCUGUUUGUAACGUCAUGUCCUACACUUUAUACUCGAAAAUCCUCGGACCAAAGCCCCAGGGUGUCUACAUGGGAUGGUUAACUGCCUCUGGAAGUGGAGCACGGAUACUGGGGCCUGUUUUUGUGAGCCAAAUAUACACUCACCUGGGACCACGCUGGGCAUUUAGCCUAAUCUGUGGAGUAGUUGUAGUCUCUCUCUUACUCUUGGAGAUAGUAUACAAGAGACUAAUUGCAUUUUCUGUCAGAUAUGGGAGGAUGCAAGAAGAGAAUUGUUAGAUGCAUGUUUAAAAAAAAAAGUAAAACCCAGCCAGAAUAUUUAAUUACUGCUUUUUAACAAGGAGUACAUAACUACUGACCUUGUUGGCUGUAUGCUAACAACUGUACACCUUAUGCAGAGACAGAACACAUAACUUGGUCAUAUCCCAAGGUAUGGUUACAAACCUGCUGCAGGAGAGCUUUUGCAGUCUCCUUUUCUAGCAGCAGAGGAAGGGAUGAGGCAGAUUAGAUCAGUACAGUGGCCCAUAGGUUGUGUUUACAGUUUAAAUGAAUGUAGCUGGUCAUGAGGUACGGCCAUCCUUUCCAGGAAGAAGUAAAAGAAACGUUUCCUUGAUUCUGUGAAUCAGGAUUAGUAACUCUCUUGUAACUGCAAGGUUAGUUGAGCUGCAUGCACUUUGUAUGGAAACAUCACUACCUGAGCAAGCCAUCUGAUGUUCGGUUUGUUCCUCGUAAGCACUGGUUAAUACAGACUGUCUGAUUCUGGAACCUGUUACCUAUUAUUACAUCUCCAGGAUUUCAAAUGAAGUAUGACAGAAGUGCAGAGGAAGGUAGAUGCCCUCUGCACAAGUAGUUUUGUGUGGGAUUUGGGUCUUUAAGGUGGUUAGGAGCCCUUAAAAAUUAGUAUCAGCUAUUUGAACUAUGUGCAAUUUUUCUUCUCCUGUUAUGCUGAUUGCAUUUCUGUAGCAAGAAAGAUAACCUGCCCUAAGUUGAAAUACGCACAGCUUUUUUCAACUAUCAGAAAGACAGACUAAGCAUGAUACCUCACACUUCAGUUGUCAUUUGUGAGAAUGAAUGCACUGUGCUGAGCAGGGGUGGUAAUUAAGUGAAAGGAGAAAACUGGCUCCUUGGUUUUUUUCGCUUAGUUAUAGACUUAGGUAACAAGGUACAAGAAACAGGAAUUUUCAACGUUUUAAUUAUUCAGAGGUUAUUUUAAAAAGUGAAAUUGUCAUUUUGCCUCGUAAGAGGGCCUAAGCUUAUCUAUACGGGUUGAUUUUUAGCUGUUUUAAUAUUACUGGGAAAAAAACCCUGGAAUUACUCCAGUGGGAAAGUCGUGGCUGCUGUUUGAUGUCUCUACUAUUUGAUGCUCAUUGAAUUUAAUAAAUGUAACUAUGUAUUCCUACAUCUUCCUACGGAAUCAAUUGUUCAAACACUAAAAAACUACUGAAUUAAAAGAUGAUUUUUCCAAUACUGA